AUGACACCUGCAAAUGAGUACAUCGAACUUGAUGACCUUGGUACAGCCAGGGGUAUCUCGAAAAUUUCGGGCGACAGUUUCAUUGCAGGACUUGACCCUGUAAACGAGAAAAAAUGGCACUCGUAUACUCAGCACCAGUUGGCUGUGCUCUUACCCAAAUUGGGGGUCCUGGAGUUCCAGAUCCCGCUCGACUUCGAUAUGUUUCUGCCUCUGGUGAAAUACAUGAUGGCAAAAGUAGACAUGCUCGAUUUGCUGGAAGCCAUAAAUAUACUACGUGACGCUUUGGUGGAACACAGUGGUGACGUCAACUUUCCAACGGAGGAUUUCAAGCUUAUAGAGGAAUUGCUCGCCACCAUGCCCGCAGAAACAGAAGGCUUAAAAGCAUUGAACGAAGGUGUCGGUGCCUUUUCAAAGGGCUACUCUGAUGACCCAAAAAUGGCAGAAACGCCGCCGGAAAACUCCACAUUCUGGGCCGCCCGUGUAAAAUUGGAGGCGGCGCUAAUAGCAUUCCACUCGCCAUAUCCAGAAGUGCGUGCAGUGGUGGACCCAUACGAUGAUCCUCUGCUACCCGUAGAAACGCUCCGCGUGUAUGUGAUCAGUCUUUUCUGGACCUUGGUGGGCAGCAUCAUCAAUAAUUUUUUUGUGCAUCGGAUGCCUGGCAUCACGCUCUCCACAAGCACGGUCCAGCUCUUGUUGCUUCCAAGUGGCCGGCUCUGGGAACGCGUUUUUCCUCUCGACAUGACAGUUUCCGUUUUUGGCCGGAGAUUCAACAUGAAUCCUGGACGAUGGAACAGCAAGGAAAUGAUGCUUGCAUCGAUCAUUUAUUCGUGCUCUGCAGGCACGCCGUACGCGGUGUACAACAUUUUUGUCAUGAAGCUUGAUCGCUUCUAUGGCCUCAAAUGGGUCAACUGGGUCUAUCAGGUCUGUUUCACGCUUUCGACGCAAUUUCUUGGUUUUGCGUUUGCCUUCAUGAUGCUCCGUGUUUGUGUGUACCCAAAAAAGGCCGUGUGGCCCACCAUCCUCCCUGUAAUUGCACUCAAUAGAGCGCUUAUGGAAUCCGAAAGACCAGAGGUCAUCAAUGGAUGGCGGAUCUCCCGGUACGCUUUCUUUUUUGUGGUCUUCGUGGCGUCUUUCUGCUACAACUGGCUUCCAUCUUUGUUUUUCACCACCCUUUCGACAUUCAACUGGCCCACUUGGUUCAGACCCAACCUGGUCCAUUUGAACAAUAUCUCGGGCACAAACUCAGGCUUGGGCUUGAAUCCCUGGCCUACUUUCGAUUGGAAUAUCUUGGACAUGGCAGGCUGUUUGACCAUUCCUUUUUUCACGUACGCCAACCAUUUCUGCGGCAUGAUUCUUGCGUUUUGCACCAUUUUGGCUGUUUACUACUCUAACAACAAGUGGACUGCUUACUUUCCCAUCAAUUCCAACCGCUUGUUUAACAACAGGGGCGACAUAUACGACGUGCACAAGAUCUUGAACGACAAUAGCGGAUUUGACCAGGAUAAAUACUUGAAGUAUGGGCCGCCAUACUUUAGUGCGGCAAAUUUGGUGCUUUAUGGCGCCUACUUUUUCUUAUACCCCUUUGCCAUAUUGUAUCACACGGUCACAGAAUGGAGCUCCAUGUCUCAGAGCUUCAUAAGCAUAUGGCACACUGUGAAAGGUGCUUUUCUGAGCGGCCACGAUGAGCAGCUUCAGAGAUUCUCGCACGAUCCACAUUGCAAAAUGAUGAGCAAGUACGAGGAGGUCCCCACUCUAUGGUUCCUUGUGAUUCUAGCACUGAGUGUCAUCCUUGCAGUUUCCUGUGUGUGGUUUUAUCCCGUCGAAACACCAGUAUGGGGCAUUUUCUUUGCAAUUGCGCUCAACUUUGUCUUCUUAAUCCCUAUCACUUCUAUCUCCUCGGUGACUGGAUUCACUUUUGGCUUGAAUGUGUUGGUGGAAUUAAUCGUGGGAUAUGCGAUCCCAAAUUCGGGCCUUGCUCUCAUAACAUUGAAAGCGUAUGGCUACAACAUUGAUAGUCAAGCAAGCAACUAUAUAACAGACCAGAAGCUUGCUCACUAUACUAAAAUUCCUCCCAGAUCCAUUUUCCGGGGCCAGAUCAUCUCCACUUUUUUGACUGUGUUUGUAUCAUUGUUCAUCGCUAACUGGCAAAUCGGUAACAUACCAGAUAUCUGUGCUGCGGACCAGAAAAACAAGCUCAAGUGCCCCGGGGCAAACACUUUUUUCUUUGCAAGUAUUCAGUACGGUGAAAUUGGGCCUGCCAAGGUAUUUGGUGGCAUUUAUCCGAUACUUAAAUGGUGUUUUCUCUUUGGUGCUCUUCUGGUAUUUCCCUUGGCAUACUUGAAAAAGAAAGGUCCUUCUGACUUCAUGAAGUACUUCCAGCCCACCGUGAUUGUGGGUGGCUUUCUAGCAUAUGGGCCCUACAAUCUUCUGUAUUAUACCGGAGGUCUUUACAUGUCAUUCACCUUCAUGUACUAUAUCAAAAAAAACUACACUCUAUGGUGGGAAAAGUAUAACUACAUUCUCACCAGCGCUCUUUCUUCCGGGGUGGCUUUCAGUGCGUUGGUAAUAUUCUUCGUACAGUUUCGUGGCGUUGAGUUCAAGUGGUGGGGCAAUAAUUUAAGUUCCAUCGGAAUAGAGGGACAUAAAAUUAAACCCUCGUGGCUUCACGCUAAAGAUGCACCAGAGGGAUAUGUUGGACUCAGGGAAGGCUCAUUUCCGUGA